UAAAGAAAAUUAAAACAGUAUAUUGACAAAAUUUUUUUUUUUUUGCAUUUUAACAAGUAACAAAACCCUAAAUAACAAUAGUCAUCAGCUCAGUCAGGUUCAAACAACUAUAUCACAUACAAUUUGGACUCGCACCGAUAUCAUAUCAACGCAGACGGAGUUUUGAGCAAGUCAUCUUCCAGGAAGCUUAUAUAAACUCUUUUAGAAGGAAAACACCGUCUCUGAAAGAAAGAAAAAACCAUUACUUCAUUCUCUUUAAGUACUGAUACUGGGAAUUAAUCCAAAAACAUGAGUCGAGGAAGUGGAGGUGGAUACGAUCGUCACAUCACUAUUUUCUCCCCCGAGGGGCGUCUCUUUCAAGUCGAGUAUGCUUUCAAAGCUGUUAAGGCUGCAGGGAUAACCUCGAUUGGUGUCCGAGGAAACAAUUCUGUCUGUGUCGUUACUCAGAAAAAAGUUCCGGACAAACUCUUGGACCAGACAAGUGUAACACAUCUCUUUCCCAUCACAAAGUACCUCGGUUUACUGGCAACUGGCAUGACAGCUGAUGCUAGGACACUGGUUCAACAAGCAAGAAAUGAAGCAGCCGAGUUUCGCCAUAAAUAUGGAUAUGAGAUGCCUGUAGAUGUGUUGGCUAAAUGGAUUGCAGACAAGUCACAAGUCUAUACUCAACAUGCUUAUAUGAGACCACUUGGAGUAGUUGCUAUGGUCUUGGGUAUUGAUGACGAAAAUGGGCCUCAGCUUUACAAAUGUGACCCUGCUGGUCAUUACUUUGGUCACAAGGCCACAAGUGCUGGAUUGAAGGAUCAAGAGGCAAUUAAUUUCUUGGAGAAGAAGAUGAAGAACGACCCUUCAUUUACCUAUGAGGAGACAGUUCAGACUGCAAUUUCUGCCUUGCAAUCAGUUCUUCAAGAGGAUUUUAAGGCAACUGAGAUUGAGGUUGGAGUGGUGCAAAAGGACAAGCCAGAAUUUAGAGUUUUGUCAACUGAGGAAAUUGAUGAGCAUUUGACUGCCAUCAGUGAGCGUGAUUGAGUUAAGAAGGAUAUGACUCUUAAGACUUUGUGAUGUUCAAUUAAAUCAUGUAUACUUAUUGUCUUGAUUCACUAAAUAUACAUCCUUAUGAUAUUUGAGUAUCACUGAUGUUGAAGACUGUA